GUCUGCCGGAGGGUGACUGGGGGCGUGCAACUAGCCAGGAGACCGGCGGGGCCAUCUGCAGCUUCGUCAUGUCCUCGGUGUUCGGCAAGCCCCGAGCUAGCAGUGGGCUGCACAGCGUGCCCCUGGAAGUUAACCUGGCUAUCCUUGGGCGCCGCGGAGCGGGCAAGUCUGCCCUGACUGUGAAGUUUCUCACCAAGAGGUUUAUCAGCGAAUAUGAUCCCAAUUUGGAGGACACCUACAGCUCUGAGGAGACUGUGGACCACCAACCUGUGCACCUGAGGGUCAUGGACACUGCAGACCUGGACACCCCCAGGAACUGUGAGCGCUACCUGAACUGGGCCCAUGCCUUCUUGGUGGUGUACAGUGUCGAUAGUCGGGAGAGUUUCGAGGGCAGCAGCAACUACCUAGAGCUGCUGGCCUUGCAUGCCAAGGAGACACAGCGUGGCUACCCUGCCCUGUUGCUGGGCAACAAGCUCGACAUGGCCCAGUACAGGCAAGUCACCAAGGCCGAGGGUGCAGCUUUGGCAGGCAGAUUCGGGUGCCUGUUUUUUGAGGUCUCUGCCUGCCUGGACUUUGAGCACGUGCAGCACGUCUUCCAUGAGGCCGUGCGCGAGGUGCGACGAGAGCUGGAUAAGAGUCCCCUGGCCCGGCCCCUCUUCAUCUCUGAGGAGAAAGCCCUGUCCCACCAUACCCCACUCACAGCCCGGCAUGGGCUGGCCAGCUGUACUUUCAACACUCUCUCCACUGCCAGCCUGAAAGAGAUGCCCACUGUGGCCCAGGCCAAGCUGGUCACUGUGAAAUCAUCUCGUGCCCAGAGCAAGCGCAAGGCACCCACGUUGACUCUACUGAAGGGCUUCAAGAUCUUCUGAGGUCCCUUCUGCAGGAGCCUUAGGCUCAGCUGAUGCUUGGGGCUGCAGGGAUUGGGCUGGAUUGCACUCUGAUGAACCAAGGUAGAUAGCGGAUUCCACCUCCAGCACCAAGCAGGGUCCAUACGUGCUCACUAAUGUGAGCCAGAGGGACAGGCAGGGAUGCUGUUCCUGGCUGCCUCACCCUGAUUCCUGGCCAGGCAAGGCCUGGGCUCCAUGGUAACUGCUGUAUCCACUGCCCUGGAGGGAAGCUGCCCCUGUUACAGACAGAAGACCUGGAGUCAGCUGCGAGCAUAAAGGACCUGCAAUCCAAACCCUGUGCCGUGACUCUCCUGCUCCAGCCACCGCCAGAACAGCUGCAGCCCGUGUUCAAAGAGGCUUUGUCUAUGUGAAGCCUUUCUUGCUAACAGUCUGCAGGAUGGCUGGUCUAGAGGUCCUACCAUCACCUGGUGGUAGAAGGAGGUAGGCCAGCUGUUCAGAGGCCCAAAGCUUCUCCAAGAAAAUUCUAGUUAAAAUAAUCCAACGAAGGCUUGGAUAGGGCAAAGAAACCUGGACAGGAGCCCCUCAGCACUUGCCUUUAAUUGAAGGGUGCAAAGAGGAGCUGUGAGUUGUCCAGGUUAGAGAGCCUCCAACAUUUUUUUUACCAGCAUUUGGGGGACUAUUAUAACUACUUUGUUAGUAGAUGCCUCCCCCAGGACUACCCUUCUUGAGCUUAAUGACCAAGGCUGCAGAAAGUCAUUCUACCCAGUGACAGUCCUCAGAGAGUCCACAGCUGGCAGGAUCUGACACCCUCUGGUGGGAACCUUUGGCCUGCCCACUGUUUCGUAGGCGCGGUCUGGUUUGGUUGGAUCUACGACCCUCAGCAAUGGGAUUGUUCAAAGCCUACUUUAGUAAGAUAGAUCCCAACGUGUUGGGGAUUGAUAUGGUGGAAAUUUACAUAAGCUAUUUGGUGUUUUACCAAGGCUCAGAUGUGAGGAGUCUGUCACAGGCAGGGGCUGCAGCUGUUUCGUACUGUUUACCACAAACUCUGGAUGAGCAGGCUCAAGGGUGGGGCCUGAGAAGGCCUAGGCUGGGCACCCUGGGAAGCUGCCUCCUUUGGCUCCCAGACAGCAGCCCAGGGGCUUCAAUGGAGAAUUUCUCUAAUCCAGUCUUCAGCUCUAGUCUAUAGCUGGAGAAGCUGAGGUCAGAGGGAGGCCCUGAUCUACCCAAGAGCACUUGCUGCAAGUGCUGGCCCUUUGUCCUGACCAAAGGCCAGCUGUGAACUUUAUACAAUUUUUUUUUCUUUUGGGUCUCUUUAUUAUGUAGGUCUGGCUGUUCUGGAACUCGCUAUGUAAAUACCAGGCUAGAGUUGAACUCACAGAGAUCCACCUGCCUCAGCCUUCUGAGUGCUGGAACUGAAGGCUUCCACCUCACACGGCUGAACUUUGUACUUUCAAUGCAAGUCCCUGUGUGUGGUCUGCAGACAACCAUCGUCUGAACCCAGGGCACAGUUCCAGCUGCCCACCUGGAGAAGCAUUUGAAUAAAAGAUUUUUUUAAAUAACAA